CACAGCGGCGGCAGUGCUAACAUAGCUCCGGCAGCGAGAGAGAGAAGAGAGCCUCCCCUCUACCUGGAGAGGAAGCCAGGGACCCGGGCAGUCAUGGCAGCGAACAUGUACCGGGUUGGAGAUUAUGUUUAUUUUGAGAACUCGUCCAGUAACCCACUGCUGAUCAGGAGGAUAGAGGAGUUGAACAAGACAGCCAAUGGGAACGUGGAGGCCAAAGUGGUGUGUUUUUACCGACGCAGGGACAUCUCCGGCACACUCAUCGCCCUGGCAGACAAACAUGCAAGGGAGCUGGAAGAGGAGAUGGAGAAUCCAGAGAUGGCGGACCUCCCCGAGAAACACAAACACCAGCUCAGACACCGAGAGCUCUUCCUGUCCCGCCAACUGGAGUCUUUACCUGCCACACACAUCAG